GGAAGUGCAAAGAAACGAAUGUGAGAAAGAAGAUAAUGAAGUUAUGUUGCUUGGGGGUGACACUGGCGAGAGCACGGAGGGGACACUGCUUGAGUUUACUGUCGGGGACAUUGAUUUGGAUGAACCUACAGCUGUGCUAUCUCAGUUGAACGUGUGGUUGAAUGAUAAAGGUAAAGCUCUGGCACAAGGGGUCCAAUUACGGAAAAGGAAGAGGAUCAUUCCUUUGUGGAAGAUCGUUGAAGGCAGUGAAUUGGUUCCAAAAACUGGGGCACAGACAACCGGACUGAAGAUGUUAGACCCAAUGAAGGCGAUUCCGCAUGAUGAUCUGGUGAAAUUGCUGAAACUUUGUUGGGAAUGGCGCCAUGACCCAAAGUAAGUCCCUUGCAAUUAUAAGAUAGAAGCAUGACUGUAUAUAAUUUUUUAUAUACAGUGUUCUAAAACUGUUUUAUAUUCAUAGUUUGGUGAUGCAAUUUGGCAACGUGGAAGCUGAGAUUGAAUUCUUCGCUUCCCUCGUGAAAGCUGAUGGUUGGCUGAAAGGAGAUGUAAGUGUAAUUGAUUAUGCAUUUGUUUUAAUGUACAUACAUUAUGAGAUUGACAAGAAAAACAUGUUGCAGCACAUUGAUUUGGGGUUGUAUCUCAUCCGGAAACGACAACAACAAUUGGAGACAGAUUCGAUAGAAGUAGCGGACUGGACAACGACCGAUGUUUUUUUUAUGAAUCACAUUCGUACUUGCUUUGCGGAUAAUAAAAGAAAAAAACAGCAGCUUGGGUGGAAAAUCAGAAAAAGUUUACUAAACGUUGUAAAUGGGAAGGUUCCUCCGUGUGGGUUGGAUUGGCAGACCGUCUAUAAGGUGUAUACCCCAUUUAUGUUGACGAAGUACAAGCAUUGGGUGGCUGUAAUGAUUGAUCUGGUAUUGUGUGAAAUCAAAGUGUACGAUUCAAAGGUUUCACUAAUUCCAGAUGACAUCGUAAAGGAAGAACUCGGCCCGCUAUCAAUUACGCUUCCAAAUCUUCUCAACACCAUCGACUUUUAUGAAGAAGGUGUUUAUGCAAACAAUUGCAGCCGAGAUUGGUGGUGUCCGUGGCCAAUAGAGCGUGUGGAUGUUCCACAACAGUCUAAUGAAGGCGAUUGUGGCAUGUUUGUGUUAAAGUACAUUGAGCUUUUCAGCGCUAAGCUUCCGUUAGCUACUUGCACCUCGCACAACAUGCCUUUUUUUCGGUUGAAAUUGGCUGCGGAGAUAACAAGGGGAGAUGCUUACUUCCCAUGAUAUUGGUUGAAGAUGACAAAUGGUACAUGAGAAGGUUUUGGGAAUGUCCAUUCUCAAACUAAUGUAAAUACACAAUAGAGACGUACGGGUCCUUAUCGAAUUCUACCGCUAACUCCUUCAUGACGUUUACAUGUUUGUUAACCAAACUGCAUUGAAUUGGAAUUUUAA